GAUGAAGUAUCAGUUCGACAGUGCUGCUGUAAUAACUAAUCGCACUUUCUCCUUUAAACAACUAAAUAUCUCUCUCUUAAAGUAGGCUUGGCCGCCGGCUAAAAGAUAAAUAAAUCCGAGCAAAAUUGCUGAUGUCAUCCGCCGGAGAAACCUCGGAGAAGAAGGCACACCCAAUGAAACUCGUCGUUUUGGCCGACUUAAAUGUCGAUCCUCCUGAAUUUGACGAGGAUGAUAUCAACCCCUUCAACCCUUCUCCCCCUCUUCCUUCUAGGUUAACAAUUAGUGAGAGUAGUCAGGAAAAGUUGCCCUUGUUAGUAAAAGAAAGCAGUGAUGUUGUAGAUGGCGAAGCUAGAAGGUUAAAUAAAAUGGGGAAGUGCCGUUCAAGGUCUGGGAAAGAUGACCAUCUUGACUGUGGGGUGGAUGCGGAGGGAGAUCAACAUUCUCAAGGGACUCCGUCAUCCCGAGAAGAAAAAGUUAGCAGCCUUAAAACUGGUUUGAUACAUGUGGCAAGGAAAGCUCCAAAAAAUGCACAUGCUCACUUUUUACUAGGCUUAAUGUACCAGAGAUUGAAUCAGCCUCAAAAGGCAGUGCUUGACUACGAGAAGGCAGCAGAGAUUUUACUCCGGUCUGAUGAGGAGAUUGACAGACCAGAAUUGUUAUCAUUGGUCCAAAUGCAUCAUGCACAGUGCCUCCUCCUAGAGAGUCUUGGAGAUUGUGCUUCAGAUAAAGAGCUUGAACCUGAAGAGCUGGAAGAAAUUCUUUCGAAGCUAAAGGAAUCAGUGCUGUCAGAUAUUAGACAAGUACCUGUAUGGAACACUUUAGGGAUUAUGCUUCUUAAAUCUGGUCGUUUGGAGAGUGCUGUUUCAGUUAUGUCUUCCCUGUUGGCCUUGGCACCUCACAACUUGGAUUGCCUUGCUAAUCUUGGUCUUGCUCAUUUGCAGAGUGGGAAUGUGGAGGCUGCCUCAAAAUGUUUCCAGGAGCUAAUUUUGAAAGAUCAAGGCCAUCCCAGUGCUCUUGUCAACUAUGCUACCAUUUUGCUGUGCCAGUAUGGCUCAGCUGUUGCAGGAGCUGGAGCCAGUGCUGGGGAAGCUGGUGCAGAGUCAGAUUCUGCCGCUGCUAUCAAUGUGGCAAAGGAAUGUCUAUUGGCUGCAGUCAAAGCAGAUCCUAAAGCAGCUCAUACAUGGGCUAAUCUUGCCAAUGCAUAUGAUAUUAGUGGUGAUUAUAGAAGCUCUGGCAAGUGCUUGGAAAAGGCAGCAAAACUGGAGCCCAACUGUAUGUCUACUCGAUAUUCUAUUGCUAUCCACCGUAUCAAGGAUGCAGAAAGGUCACAAAAUCCCACUGAACAGAUAUCUUUGGCUGGUAAUGAGAUGGCUUCGAUACUCAGAGAAGCAGAUCCUUUGUUGAUUGAUCCUCCAAUUGCUUGGGCUGGACUUGCCAUGGUUCAUCAGGCUCAGCAUGAGAUUGCAGCAGCAUUUGAAAGUGAACAGAAGGAGUUGAUGGAAGUGGAAGAGCAUGCUAUUUGCAGCUUAAAGCAGGCAAUUGGAGAGGACCCAGAUGAUGCUGUGCACUGGCACCAAUUAGGGCUCCAUAGUCUCCGCACCCAACAGUUUAAAAUGUCACAGAAGUACCUCAAAGCUGCAGUAUCUCGAUUUAGGGAAUGCAGUUAUGCCUGGUCCAAUCUUGGUAUCUCUUUACAAUUAGCAGAUGAACCAUCUCAAGCCGAGGAAGCUUUCAAACGAGCUUUAAUUUUGGCUUCUUCUCAGCAAGCACAUGCAAUAUUUUCGAACCUAGGGAAUUUGUACAGGCAGGAAAAGCAAUACGAUAGAGCAAAAGCUAUGUUUACAAAAGCACUUAAGCUUCAGCCUGGAUAUGCUCCUGCUUACAACAAUCUAGGUCUUGUAUUUGUUGUUCAGGGCCUACUGGACGAAGCAAAGUUCUGCUUUGAUAAGGCUUUAGAGGCUGAUCCCCUUUUAGAUGCUGCCAAAUCUAACAUGGUUAAAGUUUUGGCUCUGUCCAAGAUAUGCAAAAGUUUCCCUUCAAGCAUAAUGCAGGAAUAAUUUGGAUGAGGAUGUGGACUUUCAUACUGAAGUUGGAGGAAGUAUAUAUAUAUCCAAGAUGGUUCAGAAUAGAUUUAUCCUUUCGAUGACUGGGGGUGAAAUAACGACCCAAUGAGAGAGUUUGAUGGGCUUUUCUGUAAUCAUUUCACAUUUCUGAAAAAUUGGAUUCGUCUGCAAAAAUGCCUUGGCUGAGAAUUUAUGCCUUCUGUUAUCUUUGGCAGUUAACAUACAUGGUAAUGUCCUGCAAAAUGUAGCUCAAGGAAAGGUCAUCAUGCGAUUCAUGCCUGCCUUAGCAAUCCUGUGCUGUGUGACUGAGAAAUGUAUCUGAUUUUGGUUAUCACAUAUUCAUAUGGGCCAGUCCAGUAGGUCAGCUGCGAGAUUGUCAUCGUUGGUAGAAGGUUUGACGUUUUUGAGAACAUGCAUUUUCAACUUAGAUAUUGCUGAUCGGAGUUGUAGCACACCAGGUCAAGGAUAAUCUUGUUCAAAGAUUGUUUCUAUGUGCUUGACCUCAUGAAUUGGAGGGGAUUGUGAGAGGUACGAACAACUUAUGCUGAUUGCUCGUCAUGGAAUCUAGUAUCUAUGCUGUUUCCUCAGCCUUUUCCCUGGGAAGUCCCUCUUUCCGUAAAGCUGUAUUCUGCUGAUCGAGUCGUGUAUUUUAUUAGGGAAAUAAUUUAGUACAAUACCAGGUCACUUCAUCGCUGUAUAUAGAGAUCAAAACAAAAUUAGCCAAUUAUUACACAAGCCAAUGACAUUUUCCAUCAGAGUUCACUUAUCUCUAUCACAAUUUAUUAUCCAAGCGGUAAAUGUGAUCUAAUUUUUCUCUUUGUUUUUGUUACUAUAUCAAUAAGAAUGUGAUCUUGGCUAAGAUCUUAUUCAUAUCUGAUAUCAUUUAAGUUUUAUGUGGUUGGACUAGAAAACCUCAAAAUUUUCUGGUUUUGUGAUGUUUGGCUCAGCAAUCA